ACAUCAACUUCUUGAAGCUUAUGAAGUGGAGUCUGCAGCAGGACAAAAUUUGAUUACAGAGCUCAUUCAGCAUUCAGCAAAGCACAAGGAUACAGCUGGCCUUCUGGACUGCAAGUCCAUUGAUGGCUCAUCCUGAGUUUUUCAUCAACCUGCAGUCUCAAAUGCUUAUCCACAAGGCUGCUCUCAAGUUAUUCUCCAACAAACAGGUAUUUGUGCUUGAGAUUGUCCUGACCCAGAUGCAGGAGCUUGUACUUGAUAUUUUUCAACUUGAUGAGAUUGGCAUGGGCCCACGUCUCAAGCAUGUGCAGGUCCCUAUUGUAGGGUAAUAGGUGGGGUUGAGGGUGGUACAAGGGGAGUGGGGAUUGGUUCAAGGGUUUUCCUGGGAGGGUUUGUGAGUUUCCUGGGCGGUCGCGUGUCACGGUAUAUAAGUGCUUGUUACGCAGCAGUAAAUUGGCUUUCGGCAUAGGAACGCUGGUCAUUCGGUCCAUCCGACUGUCCCCUCACUGGAAUCGAUGUUGCGCAGCAACAUCUGGUGACCCCUACGUGAUCUGUUGGGCGCUAAGCAUCAGGCGUGGGAUGAGCGCCGGCCGCAUAGGCGGUGGCCGUGUGAGGCGGCGUGGGCGCAUGAGUGAGGUGCGCGGGGGGCCCGUGUAUCGCAUAUUGUCAGGCACAGUGUUGUCUGUGUGAGUGCAGUGUGCGAGACCUCGGCUGACAAUGGGGCUCGGCAUGGACAAGGUGGUGAGUAUGCUUAAAUCCUUGGCCAAGGAAAUAGGGAUAACACUACAUAAGAAGGAGUGUCAGCCGCUCUUAAAAUGGAUAUUGUGGUGGCAGCUUGCUUUGACAUCUUUGCAGAGUUUGCAGGAGGCGGUAUUAGAGGUGGUGGGAAAGGAACUUUGGGAGAGUGCCUGCAUAGGGAACAAGGAGGCAUUGUCUCUGCUUCCUGCGUAUGGGGCUUUAAAAGGCAUGUUAGAGAAACUUAGUGGUGAGGUUCAAUUGUGGGCUACCGUGUGUAGGUUGCUCUGUCAGAAGAAGCCCGUUUCUUCUUCAGAAACUGUGGGAGCGACAGGGGAGGAACUCUACAGGGGUAACAGGUUGGAGGAAUCUCGAGAAAGGGGGAACUCAGGGGAAAGGUCUAACCGAAGGGAGGAAGCCAUCGAUGAGGGUCCCAGAGGGGAAUCAGAAUGUUCGGAGGGGGAGAUAGGAGAAGGAAAGGAGAUGGAGGAGGAAGCAGACGGCACGUUGUGGUCUCGGGAGGGUCGCCACUAUGUCUGUUUUCCUGAUGCUAGAGUGGGAGACGGUCCCCUUAACAGGGGUACCCCCGCCUUUGUGGCCCCUCCACCAUACCAUCAGAAUGUGGUUAAAGGAAAAGGAGAGGAAGUGAGCUCCUCUGAGUCAGGAGAGGAGUUGUUCAAACUCAGGACGCGUCUCGUGGAACGGUCGUCUGUGAGUGAGGGGGGACCAGGCAGGGAUAGUUUGAAAUUGAAAGGGGCUUCUCCCCUCAAAUCUUCUUCAGAAAAGGGGGGGCAGCGAACUGCCAUGUUGGUGUAUAUUGUUUGCUAGAACAUUUUUGCAGAUUGUUAUCGUAGGGAACAAUCACCCAGCCAAGGCACAAGAUGUUGUGCUUCGCGAGUGCUUGUGGUCUGAGGCUCUUCCUGCAGUCAAAACAGCCUUAGCCACACUUCCUUCCACCAGCGUGAUGGUGCUCCCAAUGGGGAAUUUGUCAUACCACGGGAUCCCUGGGAACAAUCAGGGUCAAGCUAUCAUUGAACGGGUGCAUCUCAUGCCUAAGCGGUGGCUUAACGCACUUAGAGAGGGGGGAGGGCUGAAGCCGCUUGAGCUAUGUCCUUUGGCAAUAUAAAGUUUGAAUUACCUUGAGGGUCGAGCCAAGGAUUGCUUGGGUGAAUGCGCUCCUAUAGGGGAGGUUUGCAUUCGUGAAGAGGGUACUGGCCCAUGGUCAGUUAAGCAGUACCCACUUGUGGUCCUUGAGCAAGGGUAUGCUUCUGUUCAGACCUGUUCUGGCAGCUUUGGCUGCCGGCUAGAUAGGUCCGUCUGGUGCCUGCGACGAAGGCACCAGAUCUGUGAAUUAUGUAAAUAUUAUUGCAGUAAUUCAUCUCUUUUCGGCUUUACAGUGGAUUGCUGCAACAUGAUCCACUAGAUAGCUUUCCACCCAGUUCCAGGGUGUCUUUUACCAUCUCUUGCAACAGUCGUUUUAGCUUGGAAAAAGCCACACUGAUGUCAGCACUGUCUUCUGAACAAACAGUCCUGCAAUCUGGUGGAAAGGGGGCUGAACAUGGCAUUGAAGUUACUGCAGCUAAGGGAAAAGAACCCUAGAUGCAGAUUUGCGCAGUUCGACUGUGUGUUGUCUCGUUGAGGGAGAAAAGUACCCCAGAUGCAAGAAUUGCGUGCUUUGGCUGCAUGCCGGGUCCUUUCACGGGGGUGUUGCUCAGGCCCUGCCCUUUUGUCUGCGUGGGUUAGGGGUUCAUGUGGGGCCCACGCCUAGUGGGCAUCCCUGGGAGGGGUGACAGGUAUAUGACAUGGAUGAUUCCCAUUCGUCUGCUGGGGACCUGGUGGAUAGUCUGCACCAACAGCAAGGCGUGGAAGACUGUCCCGGCUAACACAACGCUCGGCCUAUGCACUUUUGUGGUACUGCUUUGGCCCGCAGCACAUUCCCAUAGACAUGGGGGUAGGGAAAGGAGAGUCUUGACAACCAAUUAUAUCUUCGAGUCUUGCCACAAGGAACUAUACCUGCCAAAUCUAUCCCUCAGGAUAUCCCUCUUUGCUAGCCCUGUACUCACAGCUUGGACAACGACCAACGUGCAGAAACUUGCAUGCAUUGUUGCAAAAAAUGCGAAUCGUUCGGCUGCUGCAAUUGAUUCCCUAGCCCAAGCGCUUCAUGCUUUAAAGGUUGCUCAUGAAGAAGCCAUUGACUUUGCGCUUAUGGCGUUAGGAUCAGGAUGUUCUUGGGCGGAGCCAGAAGAAAUCGCACAUUAUUGUUGUAUUCGUAGCAACAGUUCUGUACAAAACCUGCUACCACGGGCACAGCAGAUGGGUCAAGAGUUGAGGGACACCUCGAAGAAGAUUUCCAUCAUGGAAAAUUGGUGGUCCUGGGACUGGUCCUGGCUGGGAGGUGUACUGGGGACGGUUCUUACGUGGAUUGUGAUUAUUUUGCUGAUUGUCUCCUUCGCUCCAACGUUACUCCAAAUGCUAAACGGCCUGAUCAGAUGGCAUCUGAUCAGAGCUCACUUCUUGCUACUGCCGCAUCAAGAAAUGUAAUCAUUUGCUUAUUGCUUCGGGAAUGGCGAAACCGGAUUUAAGUGGGGUGCUAUUACAGGGUCGUAUAAACUGUAAUAGAGAGGGGGGAGAUGUAGGGUAAUAGGUGGGGUUGAGGGUGGUACAAGGGGAGUGGGGAUUGGUUCAAGGGUUUUCCUGGGAGGGUUCGUUGGUUUUCUGGGCGGUCGUGUGUCACGGUAUAUAAGUGCUUGUUACGCAGCAAUAAAUUGGCUUUCAGCAUAGGAACACUGGUCGUUAGUCCGUCUGACUGUCCCUUCACCAGAGGUGGAUGUUGCGCAGCAACACCUAUGAAUGAGACUGCUUCCCCAUAGCAUGUCAACUGCAUCACUCAGCUUGGUGUAAUCUGCCAACUUGCUGAGCAUGCACUCAAUCCCACUGUGUAUGUUGCCAGCAAAGAUGUUAAAUAACACCAGCCCCAGCUGGUUCCUCAUCACCUGUCUCCACUUAGAUGUUAAGCUGCUGACCGCAACUCUCCAAUUGUGACCAUGCAGCCAAUUCCUUAUCCAGAGAAUGGUCCAUCCAUCAAAUCAAUGUUUCUCCAAUUUGGCUACGAGGAUGUCAUGUGGGACAGUGUCAGAAACUUCAGACAAGUCUAUACAAAUGACUUCAGAUGCUCUUCUUUUAUCCUCUGAUGAUGUAAAUCCACCAUAAAAGGCUACCAAGUUUGUCAGACAUGACCUUCUCCUGCUGAAUCCAUGUUGGUUACCAUCAAUCACCUUGUUUUUCUUUCCCAUGUGCCUCAGUGUGGCCUUCCAGAGAAUCUGCUCCAUGGUCUUCAUAGGCACAGAGAUGAGAUUUACUGGCCUGUAGUUUCCUGGAUCUUCUUUUUUUUCCCUUCCUGAAAAAGGGGUCUAUGUUUUCCCUUUUUCAAUCAGUGGGAAUUUCACCAGGCUGCCAUGACCUUUCAAAUAGGAUGGAUAGUGUCUUGGCAACUUCGUCUUCCAGUUCCCUCCAAACCCAGGGAUGUAUCUCACUGUGUUCCAAGCACCUUCAGGUUCUUUAGAUGGUCUCAAACCUGAUCUUCAUUUACAGCAGAUAGAUCUACCUUCUCCCAGUUCUUAACUUUGCUUUCUGCAACAUGGGUGGCAUGGCUAGAUUCCUUGCUGGAGAAGACUGAGGCAAAGACGCCACUGAGUACCUCAGCCUUCUCUGUAUCCCCUGUGACCAGGUAUCCAGUUUCCUUCUAGACCUAGACCUUCUUUUUAUCACUGAUAUACCUGUAGAAUUUCUUCUCGUUCCCUUUUAUGUCCCUGGCUAGAUUUAAUUCUGUCUGGGUUUUAGCUUUCCUAACCUGAUUGCUGGCUGCUCUGACAACUUCUUUGUAGUCCUUCCAGUAAUCUGUUCCUGCUUUCACUAGCUGUGGAUGUCCCUGUUCACUGCAGGGGAGUUGGACUAGACGAGCUUUAAAUGUCCCUUCCAACUCUAAGGAUUCUAAGAGACAGCUUUUCACAUUCUAUUCCUUUCCUGAUUUAGAUACCUGCCUCUUCUCCACCUAUAUGGAAAAGCAGUAGGGGGUUGUGAUCUGUUAGCUGUACCAGGCUAGGCAGUUUCUGGAUGAGAUCUCACACCUGGGUCUCAGGAAGACAGCAGAAUUCCUAAGAAGGUCUGCUUGGCAUAUUGGACUUUCACUUCCCUUUAGGAAGGAAUCAACUACAACUGUCUCUUCUUCAAUGAUGUAGUCUUGAUGCUGGGGAAAUGCUUUUCCUGGUUUCAUUAAUGAUAAACCAAGACAAGUACCCACAGUUAAUAAAUAAGA